AUGUCUGAGGUCAAGAUCUGGCACCGCAUCUGCGUCGUCUGCAAGCACGACGACGUCGUUCAAUACACUCAACAACUCCCUACGCCGCCUCCCGAAAACGAAAAGGGCGAAAACGAAAAGGACGAGACCGCCACAGGCGAAAACGACAAGAGCGCUGCAGUAAUCCAUACCAACUGCCCUGAUCCCUCUAUGAAGGAUACCAAUGAAAACUGGCAGUGCCGCUCGUGUCGAUCUGCUAUGGCGCUCGAGGGUCACAAACUCCAGCUCAAGAUGAUGGAAGAGCGAUCACAGGAGAAGAGGAACAGGAGCGAAAACAAAAACAACAUGCAGGCAGGAUCACCAUGCCAUUACACAGCAUCGGGGAAUUAG